UUGAAAAUAUUUGAAGGAAUCUCAUUUUUCAGCACAUUCGAAAAUUUAGCAUAUUAUUUCGAUACACGAUUGCAAUAUAUACCACUCACUUUCAUUCUUGGCUUCUUUGUGGAUACAAUAGUAUCGCGAUGGUCAGAUAUUUUCGAUAAUAUGGGCGAAGACGAACCGAGUCGAUGGUUGCGUCGAUCAUUGGUCCGUUAUCUGUGCCUAACUCAAGUGCUUGUCUUCCGUGACAUCAGCGUUCCGGUUCGCAGACGUUUCCCCACUCUUGAGAGCCUCAUCGAUGCAGGGAUUCUUUUGGAAGAGGAAAAGGAGAAGCUGGAUGCGAUUAAGCUGCGCUACAACAAAUACUGGGCGCCAAUACGCUGGAUCCAAGCAAUUGCUCUGCAAGCUCGAAAAGAAGAGAAGAUUUAUGCGGAUCUGAUGUAUAGCAAGCUGUGCGAUGUAAGAGCAUUUCACGGUCAAAUCAGUCUGGAAAUCAACAGAUUUCGAUACAGUUUGCAGCUAUUGUGCAAUUACGACUGGGUGCCUCUGCCGCUCGUUUAUUCACAGGUAUCAUUUUUACUGGUAAUUUGGCACUAAAU